AACCCGGUUUAAGGCGCGUCUUCUUCUUCAAUUCAUUUCCUUGCUCUUUCCUCUUCGCUCUCAUCUAAUCUGCCUCUCUGUCUCUCCUUCAUUGUAGCGUACUCGAAUUUCUCCAUUGAAGGGGCUUCUGAGCUUUCCUAACACUCCGUCUCUCUCCUUCGAUCUCAUUCUCCAUAACCGUCACUUUUCCUUUCCUUUCUUCUCUCUUUCGAUCUCCUUCUCCUUCUCUUUCUCUCUUUCUACAAUAUUGGAGGUUAGGGUUUCUGGGUGCGUCUAUUUGAAUCAAUUCGAUGUGUGUGCGUGUUCAACAACAACAAAUUCGAAUCAAUUUCGAACCAACAAUCAGAAAUUCGAGUUGUGGUGAUUGAUUGUUAAUGCCCAAAGCUGCCACUCGAUUGAAUGGAGAAGCUUGUAAGUAUUUAGACCAGUUGGCUCUUUCUGUCUUUCACUGAAAACUCAUGAUACAACUUCACUUUUUUAAUAUCCUUCCUGAAUUUGCUGUUAUGUACUCUCUCUACAAGACUACAACUAUGGAAAGAAUAGGAUGAUAAAAUGUGUGUAAAAUAAAUGAAUUUAGCCUAUAUGCAUUUUGUACCCUGUUGACAAUUUUGGACUUCAAAAAAGUAUUACCUUUUCUUUUGCUUUCAUAAAUUCAUUCCCCUUAAUUGCACUUUGCUCAUUUUCCCAUCCUAGCUGUAUUAUUGCUCUAUACAGAAUUGCUGCUCAAAGUUAUAUUGUAAAAAUGAUAGGUGAUGAAUUGAUCCUUCCAGGUCUUAAAAUGUGAAUAUGUUGUUUGUGGAGCGAUUGUUACUCAAGCCGAGGGUUUGAUGUAACGGAGAUUUCAGAGGAUAACCAAGACGAUCUUGAGGGAUUGGAUGCCUCGGCGUCACAUAUUGCAAAUCUAUUAUCAAUAGAGCCUGCUGAUGAAUACAUUUGAAGAAUAUACUGACAGAACUGCUUUUGAGAGGCCACUCACCAGUGGUGUUGCCUAUGCAUUGAAUGUUACUCACUCUGAGAGGGAGAAAUUUGAAAAGCGUCAGGGAUGGACUAUAAAGAAGAUGGAGCACGGGGAUCAGAAUCUUGUACAAGAUUUUGAUCCUGCAAAGAUGGAUCCUGCACCCAUUCAAGAUGAAUAUGCACCUAUUAUAUUCUGUCAAAGAACAGUAGCUCAUAUUGUCUCUAUAGACAGGAUGUCUGGAAAGGAAGACCGUGACAAUAUUUUGCGAGCCAGGGCAACUGGAAAGGGUGUCUUGACUUCUCCAUUUAAGCUACUUAAAUCUAAUCACCUGGGAGUAGUACUUACUUUUGCUGUCUAUGACCAUGAGCUUCCACCAGAUGCCACUCCAGAGCAACGCAUAACAGCAACUAUGGGGUAUGCUACAAAUGUUGAUGGAUACUGAUCUGGAUGCUGAUCAACUUGAUUAUGCCCAGACAGCUCAUGCCAGCGGAAAGGAUCUCAUUUCCAUUAUUAAUGAGGUUCUUGAUCAGGCCAAGAUAGAAUCAGGCCGGCUUGAGCUUGAGGCAGUGCCCUUUGAUUUGCGUAAUAUCCUAGACAAUGUUGUUUCUCUAUUCUCGGGAAAAAGAAAUUGAAUUGGCGAUAUAUGUAUCCAAUAAGGUACCUGAGAUUCUGGUUGGAGACCCUGGGCGAUUCCGACAGAUAAUAACAGAUCUUGUUGGUAAUUCAGUAAAGGUUAGUUUGCUAGCCUUAUAAAUAAUUCUUUGCCUCCUUUCUUGUUUGUUCUUCAUAAUAGUGUAGUUAGGUGUGGAGCUGUGGUCUGUGGAUGUCUAGCUUGUCAAAUUCGAGGGCUAAAUUUGGCCUGGUUGUGUGAUAACCAAUAGGUUCUUACAAAUAAUUUCUUUUCAUUGGAAGUAUAAGCCUGUUAAAAAUUAUUCAUUCUGUGAAGAUCUCCACAUUUUGAAAUUUGUAACUUAUUUUUGUGUGGUGCAUGUAUACAAAAGCCUAUUUUUUUGGGUGAAUAUUUAAUUUCUUAAUACACUUACUCUACAAACCUUUUGCAUAGUAUAGACGAGUGAGAUUAAUAUGCACUUUGAUCAUCCUGGUAUCUUUGUGAACAUGUGAAGUAUGUAGAGCACCUGAGCAUGCUCGAUUCUUGGCUACUCCUUCAAUGUGACCAUUUGAACAAUAGGCAGAAAGAAGAUGCUUUAAACUUUAGAUGUGAAAUGCAUAAAUCAAUGUGGUUCAUUCAAAGAUAGAUCUGACAAACAUUUUCUGGUUGCAAUAUUUGGCUGACCGCCUUUGAUACUGUCAAGAGUCUAGUUGCUGCAAGUGAGAAAGAGUUUCAGAGUAUUGUUGAGGGAAACCGUAAGGAGGCAAAAGCAAGCUCAGCUCAUUGAACGUUUGCUAGCUGCUGUUGGAGUAUUUCUUAAUUCAAGGUGUUGUUUUCUUAUUUUGUUUUGAAAGUUAACAGAAAAAAUGUAACUUUAUAUAUAUG